AUGGCAUUCUUGCUUGAACUCAUACCAAUCAUCGCCGAGGCCGUGGAGGUUGCAGCCCCGGUGGUGAUAGAAGCAGCCCCAGUUGUGAUAGAAGCCGCUCCAGUCGUGAUAGAAGCCGCCCCAGUCGUGAUAGAGGCAACGCCUGAGGUCGUUGCGCCCGUUACGGAUCUUGCCACGGGAGUAUCCGACGCUACCGUUGCCGGAGCAGACACUAGCACGGUUGGCGGGGAAGCUGGUAGCGCAGUUUUCCAGACGGCUUCUAAGGUGCCUGUCUUUGACAUGACCGCCAGUGGCACAACAGCCGGUGCAAACGCAGCACAUCAGGCUAUCCUGGAUGGCGCAGUUGCGUUUUCAAAAUGGGCGGCUACGGAGACAAUCAAGCAGGCCCUCUUUUACGCUGGCAUGAAAGGAGUGGAAGCACUGUUCCAUGCAAGUUCCAGCUCGUCCAAAGAUCCCGCAGUAACUGCCAUGGGAGCCAAAAUCCAAAAGACAAACGUCGCGGUCGCUGCACUACAUGCUACGACUCACGACUGGUCUGACUGGUCGACAGCCCAUUACGACAAAAAAGGCUCAUACGGCAGUGUGGAUGUGAUGGGCCACAAAAUGACGCACUUCGAAAUCUUUCAGUACAACUGUGGUGCUUUGACGGAUAUGCUCAAUGAUACGGUGGCACCAGCUUUGAAGGCUUUCAACGACUCAAAGAGUACAGCGGAUUUGGAUACCCUACGUUCUGCGCUUCUCAAAUACUGUCAGAAGGUGAAGGGUCAGAGCGACAGUCUUGUCAAGAAUGAGCAGGCUAUGGUAGCAGAUGGAUUGCAGCCUCAUCAGAGCGACCUUGAUAAAGCUCUUGCCUCUCUAUCAUAG